AUGUCGCAAGUCCUGUUCGCAGCAGCAGCAACUCCGAGCGGCGUCGGGUCCCAGGUGUUUGCCUGUCUGGCGCUCUUUGUGCUCUCGCUCGUGGUGCUGCUAGUGCUGCGCUACUACCUGCCGCUCCGCACGACGCCGGCCUACCUGCUGGUGCCGGUGUUUUUCGCCUUGUGGCUGCCGGCCAACAUCAUCCUUCUCGUGCCCAUCGACCUUGCAUCCAGCGCGCGGACCGAUGACGAGGCCACGCGGGGCAUCUGGCUGCCUGAGUCGGUUCUGCGCGUUGCCUGGAGGAUCACAUACUGGCUGACGUUUGCCCUGACCUGGACCAUCCUUCCGAUCCUGGCCGAGUACUCGGACGCGGGCUUUCGCGAGCCCAAGGACCGGCUCCUCUACUCGCUGCGCCAGAAUGGUCAGUACCACCUGAUGGUGUGUGGACUGGGGCUGGCCGGCCUCGUGUACGUGUUUGUCACGUCAGGCGCGUCGUUCAUGGCGCUCAAGAGCCUGGUCAUGGCGCUGUCGUACUGCUGGGGCCUGGUGCUGGCCAUCUACCUGAUGGGUCACGGACUGGUAGCCAUUCCGCGGCGGCUGCUGCGGACGGCCACCCCGAGCCGCCGACUUCGACGGCUGCAGACCCAGGCGCCCAGCCUGUACGAGAAGUUGGAGGAGGCCGAGAUGGACCUGGAAGACAUUGAGCUGCAGGUGUCGGAGCUGAGCCGGCGCAAGACGGGGUCGGCGCUGGAGUUUCGCGACUGGAUCGACGAGCUGGCCGAGACGGUUGGCCAGCCGGGUGCCCAUCUACGGCCGAGCCUGGCGGCGUCUGCACCGGCCGAAACCCGGACGAUCCCGGCCGUGAUCACGAAGAAGUACAUGGCCGACGUGACGCGCCAGCUGGUGCGCAGCCGCCAUGCGCGGUCCCGCUACCAGAGCGAGUGGACGCGGCUGCUGCAGCGGUACGCGGAGACGCAGGUCGUGCUGAGCUCGGUGACGUCACAGCGGCUUGACCGUGGCAGUGGCAACGGCAGCGUGUUGACGCCGUAUACACGCUUCGUGUUGCACUAUCACGUGAUCCCGUACGUGCGAACAGCGUUGGGCGUGGUUCUGGCUCUGGCCUCGGCCGCCAUCGUGUGGUCGGAGCUGGUCAAGGCGGCCCUGCCGGCCGCCUCGGUGGUCAACCUGAGCGUGGUGCACCAUUGGACCGGCGACAAGGGUCAGGUGGGCUUUGCCGGCCAGCUGAUCGCCGCCGGCUGGAUCCUAUACAUGUGCACCGCCGCGCUGGCAUCCGUUACCGAAGUUCGGGUGUGGCGAGGCCGCGCGCUGGUCAGGCGCAACACAGCGCACGAGUCGGCAUUUUGGUACGCGUCGCAGGUCGCUCGCCUGAGCAUCCCGCUGUCGUACAACUUUAUGACCUUUGUGUCGCCCGGCGUGUACAAGAAGACGGUCUUUUACGACUUCCUCGGCCGUCUGAUCAACCUGACACCGUUGGGCGAAUGGUUCGACUACGUCUUCCCGGCCUUUCUGCUACUGCCCGUCCUGGCCACCUUGCUGGGGCUCUACGGCAAGGUGCGGCGUGUCUGUGGCUUCGCCGACCGCCUGCCCGAUGGCGACGACGACGGCAAUGGCGACAACACGCCGCACUACGGCACGGGAUCCUGGCGUGAGGGUCGCGACCUGAUCGAACGCGAGCUCGACGGCACGUCCAUCCGGCAGCGGCGACAGGCAGCAGCAGGAGGAGGAGCUGCUGUUCGCAACAGUCGUCGGACCGGCGUCGACGAGGAAGCCGGAUCGACCACGACGCCAUUUGCUGUCUCGCCGUCCAACUCGGGCUUCCUGCCACCUCGGACACGGACUCUGGGCAGCGGCCAGCCGAGAUCGCCAGCUGCUGACCGGUCCGCUCAGCAGAAUACCGCCACCGCCGAUGACGACAGCGACAGCGACGGCAACUUCUUCCAGCUGCUGGGUCAUCGCAUGAAAAACACCAUUGACACGAUCGAGCCGCCUCGCUGGCUCCACGAUCUCGGCAACGGCAUCAAAAAGCCCAGAUGGAUGGGUGGCGACGAUGACACAGCAUCGGCAGACGCUCCCGCAAUUCGCCGUUGGUUUGGUGGCUCGUCUGGAGACUCGUCUGGAGGCUCCGACGGCCACAUUCGCCUCUGA